UGCCGUUUCUGGCCGGCAGAGGGCGACAGACUCCAGGGAAUCUCCGGGAAUUCGGGAAUUCCCAUCCCCGCUCCUUCCCCAUCAUCAUCCUCACCCGGCGGGGGAUUUUCAGGGGUGGAAAUUUCCCAAAAUCCCCAUUCCUGCCCCGCCGGAAUUCCAAAAUAUUGAUUCAUGUACUACGCUGCUGGAAGCGGGGAGCCCACCGCGAGGUUAAUUAUUAAUUAACUGUGGUUAAUGAGCCGUGAGAGCUCCGCGGAUCCCUGGAUCCAGCCUGGAAGGCCAAUCGGAACGGCGGCACGUGGCGCUGCCUCCGCACCGCCGCAUCCGAUUGGUGGGAGAGCGGGAGCUCCGGGAGGAGCGCGCUUUGAUUGGCCGAGGGGAGGGAACUGAGGCGGUGAUUGGCUGGGGCGGGGAAGGCGGAAGUGGAGAGGCGGUAACGGAAAAGAUGCAGGUCGCUCCCCAGGAUUACCAGAAUGUUCCCAUCGACAUCCAGACCAGCAAACUCAUGGACUGGCUGCUGGACCGGCGGCACUGCGGGCGCCGCUGGCAGGCGCAGGUGCAGGCGGUGCGGGAGCGGAUGCAGGCGGCGCUGCAGGACAUGCCCGAGCACCCCGAGAUCCGAGAGCUGCUGCGGGGCUCCUUCCUGCACUACUUCCACUGCCUGCGCAUCGUGGAGAUCCUCAAGGGCACCGAGGCCUCCACCAAGAACCUCUUCGGGCGCUACUCCUCGCAGAGGAUGAAGGACUGGCAGGAGAUCGUGUCCCUGUACGAGAAGGAGAACGCUUACCUGGCCGAGCUCUGCAGCCUGCUGGGGCGCAGCGUCAGCUACGAGGCGCCGGCGCUGCGGCGGCAGCUGGGCCGGUGGCAGCAGGCGCAGCAGGAGCUGGCGCGGCGCGAGGACGAGUGCCAGCUGCGGGCCGGGGAGCUGAGAGAGAGAUUCCUGGGCUGCUGCCGCCAGUACGGCAUCAGCGGGCAGGACGUGCGCCGGGAGCUGCUGGCUCAGGUGCAGGCGCUGCCGUCGCUGCUGUCCCGCGUCGGGGACGGCGCCAGCGCCCUCGGGGACGCCAUCGAGCUGUACGAGGCCAGCGUGGCCUUCGUGUGUGACAGCCCCGGUGUCCCGGUGCUGCCGCUGCUGCGGUUCGUCGCUGCGCACGGGAACUGCUCCGUGUUCCGCUGGCGCACGGGGCGGGAGCCGCGGCUGCUGCAGCGCCCCGAGCUGCGGGAGGAGCCGGAGCCGCCCCCCGAGGACACGAUCGAUUGGGGGGAUUUCCCCGCGGAGCCGCCCCAGGGCGGGGACAGCGACUGGGGCAUCACGGUGGAGCCCAGCCCCCAGGGGGACGAUGGCAUCGAUUGGGGCGAUGGAGAGAAGGGGAAAAUCACAGCAGAGCCCAGCCCCCAUGGGGACGAUGGCAUCGACUGGGGCGAUGGAGAGAAGGGGACAGUCACAGCGGAGCCCAGUCCCCAGGAUGGCAUCGAUUGGGGCGAUGGAGAGAAGGGGACAGUCCCAGCAGAGCCCAGCCCCCAGGAGGACGAUGGCAUCGACUGGGGUGACGGAGGGGGACAGGAGGGGACAAUCACAGUGCUGGAGGCUGGAACUGAGGCCCCCGAGGACGUGGCCCGCGGCUCGGACGCGCUGACCGUGCUGGAGAGCGCCGAGACUCGGAACCAGUUCAUCGACGAGCUGAUGGAGCUGGAGCUGUUCCUGGCGCAGCGGCUGCUGGAGAUGGAGGACGAGGCCGACGUGGUGGCCAUGAGCCAGCUGCAGCUGGCCCCGGCCGUGCUGCAGGGCCAGAGCAGCGAGCGGGUGCGGGCCCUGCUGGCCACGACGCGGGAGCUGCUGGCCCAGCUCUGCUCCCGCAGCGUGCAGCACCUCUGCAUGAUCCUCGCCUCGCCCAGGUACGUGGAGCGGGUGUCGGCGCUGCUGCGGCAGAAGCUGCUCCAGGCCGAGCUGCUGCUGGCCAAGAGGGAGGCGCUGGCCCAGCAGCGGCGCCAGGCGCUGGCCGAGCAGGCGGCGCUGGAGCCCCGACUGCAGCAGCUGCAGGACAGGGCCAAGGAGCUCCAGAAACUGAUCGAGGCCGACCUCUCCAAGCGCUACGGGGGGCGCCCCGUGAACCUGAUGGGAAUCAACCUGUGACCCCCAGAGGGGUCCCCAAGGGGGUCCUGCCCCUCCCAGACCCCCUGCCCAGCCCUGGGGGGCUGCUGGGUUUGGGGGUGUUGGGGAAUAAACACAAAUUUUGUCUGAAA